GUCCUCAAGUUCCUGCGUUUUCUUUCACUCUUCUUUUUCGUCUUGAGAGAGAAGGGAAGAAAACAAGAAGAAGAAAAAAAAGGUGAAAAAAUGGCAAAGCUCCAGAUCGUUUUAGGGUUAGGGUUUGGGCUUGUUUCUCUAUCUCUGCUUCUUGUUGCAGUUUCAGCAGAUGUGACGGUCCUCACUGCCGAUAAUUUCGAGCAAGAGGUCGGCAAAGAUCGUGGAGCUCUGGUCGAAUUCUAUGCCCCUUGGUGUGGGCAUUGUAAAAAGCUUGCACCAGAAUAUGAGAAACUUGGGACAAGCUUUAAGAAGGCCAAAUCCAUAUUAAUUGGAAAGGUAGACUGUGAUGAGCAUAAGGAUCUUUGCAGCAAAUAUGGUGUCACUGGAUACCCUACCAUAAAAUGGUUUCCGAAAGGGUCCCUGGAGCCAAGAAGUUAUGAGGGUGCACGCACUGCAGAAGCCCUUGCUGAGUUUGUUAACACAGAAGGAGGGACUAAUGUCAAGGUGUUAGCCUUUCCUUCUAAUGUAGUCAUUCUAACAGAAGAGACUUUUAAUGAAGUUGUCCUUGAUGAAACCAAAGACGUUCUUGUUGAGUUCUAUGCACCAUGGUGCGGACAUUGCAAAAAUCUUGCUCCAACCUAUGAAAAGGUUGCAACAGCUUUUAAGCUGGAGGAUGAUGUAGUAAUUGCUAAUCUUGAUGCUGAUAAAUACAAGGAUCUUGCUGAAAAGUAUGGAGUUAGUGGCUACCCUACUUUAAAGUUCUUCCCAAAGAGCAAUAAAGCUGGUGAAGACUAUGAUGGUGACCGAGAUUUAGAUAACUUUGUGGCUUUUAUUAAUGAAAAGUGUGGCACAAGCCGUGAUGGAAAAGGGCAACUGACUUCCCAAGCUGGUACAGUUGCAAGUUUAGAUGCCCUAGUGAAAGAGUUCGUUAGUGCUGCUGAGGAUGAGCGAAAGACAAUCUUAUCUAAGAUUGAAGAAGAGGCUGGAAAGCUUAGUGGAUCUGCUGCUAGGUAUGGCAAGAUCUAUGCUAAGGCAGCCAAAAGCAGCAUAGAGAAAGGCACUGAUUAUGCAAAGAAAGAGAUUGAGAGGCUUCAACGCAUGUUAGAGAAGUCUAUAAGCCCAUCAAAGGCGGAUGAAUUCACCAUUAAGAAGAACAUCUUGGCUACUUUUACAUCAUCUUCAGCUUGAUUGGAUCCAAUUCCCCAGUAGCUCACAAAGUUCACUGAGUUUACUGUCUUUGAGGGCCCAAGGUUUUAACUUUGGCUUUGACAUGAGCAUUGUAUACCCGUCUUCCUUGGUAUGCUUAGUUUCUUUGACUUAAUUUUGAGCAGAAAUUUUUUUGCAUAUUUAUACGGAAGUUGGAGUUCUAUUUAAAUUGAUCAUGAUGAAAUGAACAAAGAAGAGGGCUCAAAAAGCUUUAGAAGAUAUUCUUGAACUCAUGGUACUAAUAAUAGUUAAUAUUUUCACUAA